AUGUUGUUCGCAGCGGUGGUGUGUUUAAGUAUAGCGUCGUCGGUUUCAGCAGCGUUCACUGACAUGAACUGUACCAACGGUGACAGUACAACAACAACGUUUAUUGCAUCUGCAACCGCAUGCGAUGACAAGUACGCAGCAACAACGUGUGCAACUUUUUUCGGUACUGCCGUUGUAGCAGGAUCGACAACGGACAGAGACGCGACUUGUCUAACGGACGAAGAUGUGAAGGCGUUAGCCAUUGCCAUGUGCCCGAAACAUUGCGGUUACUGUUGCAUGACCCCCGAGUACCAGUGUAAAAACGCUGAUUACCCACGAGUGAAGUGUUCGACCGUAACACCUGCUCAGUGCAGAGAUCCCACGUGGAGACCGAUCCUUGCCCAAGACUGCCCAAAUGUCUGCGGAUUUUGUCUCGAAGGUGGAUGCGUCGAUGCAGCCAUCGAAUGUAAAAAUGACCCUGCUAUCUGCAGACAAGUCGACAUGCAAUCUUUCGUCAAGACGAACUGCAUGAGGACCUGUGGAUAUUGUCCCGCAGCGGUCACGACAGCUGCAGCUGUAGUUGCAGUCACUACAGCUGCCAGUGCAUCCAGCACGUGCUCUGACUCAAGUUCGAGUUGUGCCACAUGGGUGGCGAACGGAUUCUGUGCCAACGCAUUCUACACAACUGCCCAGAAGAGGUCUUACUGUGGCAGGUCAUGCGGUCUUUGCUAA